AUGGUGAUGAUCGCCGCCGGCGCCAUUCCCUCGAGCGCAACCACCAACAACCCCAUCGUCUCCGGCCCGACGAGGCGGCGGCUGCCGGAAUUCACUGAUCCGGAGAGGACCGUCGCGGACGACGAGGAAGACGAGGACGCCGACGCCCACGAUCACGAUCACGCGCCGGCUGCAGGACCCAUAGGCGCACUGAAGCGUACCGUCUCGCGGAGGCUGCUGCUUAGGCAUGGCAAGGGCGGCGGGGGGAGAUGGGGGAGUAUUAACGCCUGGAUGAGGCUGCUGCCGCUGGUUCUCCUCCUGGUCCUGGCUGCCACCGUGCUCUUAGGCACUGCACGCGUCGGUGUUUCCCAUGAGAGGAAGGACGUGGUGGUGCAGAUCGGCAACGUUCGUGACGAGUGGUCGAGUUGGACGCUGGAGAACACGACCAGGAUAAAGAGAAGGCCAAAUCCUCCGAUUCCUGAGAUAUGGAUGAAUCCAAACAACAAUGGUUACGAACAAUGCAUAUCUCGUCCAAAGGGUGACUGCAAGACGUGUAAUGCGACAGCUGGUUAUCUAAUAGUUCAUGCCAAUGGAGGACUCAAUCAGAUGAGAAUGGGAAUAAGUGACAUGGUUGCUAUAGCAAAACUAAUGAACGCAACGCUCGUGGUGCCCCUCUUAGACCACAAAUCAUUCUGGACAGAUCCAAGUGAAUUCAAAGACAUAUUUGAUGUGAAGCAUUUCAAGGAAGCUCUCAAAGGUGACAUCGUGGUGGUCGACUCCCUCCCACGACAGUACGCCAAGAUCAAGCCGCUUCAGAGAGCUCCCAUCUCGUGGUCUAAGGUUUCCUACUUCAGAAGCUUUGGUAAUAUUUUGAGCAGGCGCAAGGUGAUAGAGUUCACGCACACCGACUCGCGCCUCGCGAACAAUGGCCUCCCGCCUUCCAUUCAGAGACUCCGCUGCCGUGCCACCUACCAAGCACUUCGAUACACACGAGACAUCGAACGGAUAGGACGGAGACUUGUUGACAGGUUGAGGAAUGGCAGCAAUCACUACAUCGCACUCCAUCUAAGAUACGAGAAGGACAUGCUGUCGUUUACCGGCUGCAGCCACAACCUGUCUGCGGCGGAGGCGGAAGAGCUGAGAGUGAUGAGGUACAGCGUGAGGCACUGGAAGGAGAAGGACAUCAACAGCAGGGAGAAGCGAGUCCAAGGAGGGUGUCCGAUGACACCGCGCGAAGCCGCCUUGUUCCUCAAGGCAAUGGGCUACCCUUUCGCCACCAGCAUCUACAUCGUGGCCGGAGAAAUCUACGGCGCCAACAGCAUGGGCGCGUUGAAAGCAGAGUACCCCAACAUCCACACCCACCGCAGCUUGGCAUCCGCCGAGGAAUUGGCGCCGCUGCAGAUGUACCAGAACAGACUUGCCGCCCUCGACCACAUCGUCGCCCUCAGGAGCGACGUGUUCGUGUACACCUACGACGGCAACAUGGCCAAAGCAGUGCAGGGGCAUCGAAGGUUGGCGGGGUUUCGGAAGACCAUCAACCCGGACAGGCAGAGGCUUGUGAAGCUGAUGGAUCAGCUGGAUUCGGGUGGAAUAAGCUGGGGGGAGUUCCAGCAGCAGGUGAAGAGGGAUCACGCCGACAGGCUCGGGGGCCCGUACGAGAGGAAGGUCCAUCGAACACGACGACACGAGGAGUGCUUUUAUGCCAACCCUCUUCCCGGUUGUUUGUGCACGAAGGAAUACAAAAGCAGGUAGGACGGAGGAGGA